AUGGAUGAUGAUGAGAACAGAGAUGGUGCACAAGAAGAGAAAGUAAUGAAAAGGAUGCAGGAGGAGGAGGAGGAGGGUAAAGGAUCUAUUAGGUCUAGAGGAGAGAAACUUUUGUGUCGUGCAUCCUUUUUUUUUUUCAUAAAUAACAAAGAUCUUGAGGAACUAAGGGAACUUGGUUCUGGCACAUUUGGAACAGUCUAUCAUGGGAAAUGGAGAGGAACAGAUGUUGCAAUCAAAAGGAUAAAGAAGAGUUGUUUCAUUGGUCGAUCUUCAGAGCAGGAAAGAUUGACCAUAGAGUUUUGGCGAGAAGCUGAAAUUCUGUCAAAGCUUCACCACCCAAAUGUGGUGGCCUUUUAUGGUGUGGUGCAAGAUGGGCCUGGAGGGAUACUUGCUACGGUAGCAGAAUAUAUGGUUGAUGGUUCUUUAAGGCAUGUUUUACUGCAAAACGAUAGGCAUCUUGAUCGUCGGAAGCGGCUUAUUAUUGCCAUGGAUGCAGCCUUUGGAAUGGAAUAUUUGCAUUCAAAGAACAUUGUGCAUUUUGAUUUGAAAUGCGAUAAUUUACUGGUCAAUUUAAAAGAUUCUUCACAACCUAUAUGCAAGGUUGGUGAUUUUGGUCUUUCAAAAAUAAAGAGGAACACUUUGGUUUCUGGUGGAGUUCGGGGAUCACUUCCUUGGAUGGCUCCAGAGCUUCUGAAUGGUAGCAGCAAUAAGGUUUCUGAAAAGGUUGAUGUUUUCUCGUUUGGUAUUGUUCUGUGGGAGAUUCUGACUGGUGAGGAGCCUUACGCCAACAUGCAUUAUGGAGCAAUUAUAGGAGGUAUUGUAAACAACACAUUAAGGCCAUCCAUUCCAAGCUUCUGUGAUCCUGAAUGGAGAAAUUUAAUGGAGCAAUGUUGGGCCCCCAAUCCUGUUGUGAGGCCGUCUUUCACUGAAAUUGCUGGUCGAUUACGUGGAAUGUCAGCUGCUGCCCAGGCGAGGACACCUGUUAAUAGGGCAUCUAACUAACGGGCUGAAACCUUUUCUAUAAUUGUUUCAAAGGACAGAAAAUAUGCUCACAACCCUGGGUAGUGACUAGCGAGUUGAAAACCCCUCCCCCUACCCCUGUCCAACCCCGUAAAACCAAAAGAAUAAGUGAAAGAUAAGAGGAAAAGUAGAUUAGAUAUAAAAAUUCCUUUAGACUAGGUAUAAAAAUUCCUUUCACAGAUUCAUUUGACAAUUUGUUCUCUCAAUUGUUUCCGGUAAGUAAAUGCACCAUGAAUUCUGAAUGGAAGCAAAUGUCCAGGAAAUAGUAUACAUGCCUUUUUUUUUAAAGACUGUUUGGGGAGCUGGGAAUACAAGACUUGAUACUUUCGCAA